AUGUUCAACGUGCUUACAUUCUUCACCAUCAUAUUAUUCAAAUUCGAAACAGAAAACGCCCAUCAUCAUGUGUUCUGUAGUGACCUUGUACCUCGAAAAUUUUCGGUGGAACUUUUGGGUCGACAGUUCUCUCUUAUUGGCUCAAUGCGGGACACAAUCGAGAAACUAACUUCGGACAAAAACUUAAAGAUAUUUCAAAAAGCAUACUCUCCUGUCUGCCUCGCAAGCGACACACCUGACUCGCAAUGUACAAAAUCAGCUCGAACGGAAUUCAUUAAUGCUUGGAAAAUCUACACCAACUGGACGCCAAAGGCAGGCGAAAACCGUCUGAUUGACCCGUACUAUUACAGCUAUCGAGAUCAACAGAGAAGUGGCUGGACUAAAAAAACAGCUUAUCUGUUCCACGCGAGUUGUUUAGUUGUUUGUUCAGCCCUGUCGAAGCUGCCGCUUGAGUGGAAGAUUUACAAUGCCACUUGCCCAAACCCAUGCACAUCUCAAACCUCCUGUGCACUGGAUCAUUGUCAUAGGACUGGAUUAUUCUCCCACGAGUUUUUUUGUUUCUGCACAGGCGAUGAAAUAUGGGACCCGGAACUUCAUAGUCACAUCGGAUUCAAAAGCUGUGAUGGUAACACAUACUGCGAUAAAAAUGGCACCAUGUUUUGUCAGGAGGAUGUGGAAAAUAAGCGUAUAUUUUGCACAUGUAAACCACAGUACCACGGUACAACUUGCACAAUGCUAGUGGAUGCGUGUGCAGAAAGGAUUCAGCAUCCUUACUUACCCAACGGUGGUCUCUUCUUUGCUGGAAGUCGGGCUUGCAACGUGAACCAAGGCAAGAACUUGUGUCGGGCCAACAUAACGAGCGAUGGGGAUCCGGUAUACAGUUGCGAGUGUGAUCCACAAGAAUGGGAGCCAGACCCGAACCUGCCCUAUGAAAAUUGUCUCAAAAGGCGUUCGACCUGUGAGAUGAUGAUUUGUGUCCAUGGCAAAUGUGUGUCGUCGUUCACUGGGAGACGGCCCUAUUGUGAGUGCGAGGCCGGCUAUUCUGGCCCUAACUGUGAUGAAUGGACGGGUGAGUGGACCAACUGGUCACCGUGGGAUCGAUGCCGACCGGCCUGUGGAGAUGUACGCUAUAGCAUACGAUUUCGUGAUUGCAAAACCAGGCGGCAAGAAAUUGAUGAUCAGCGUGACUGUGUUGGAUCGCCACUUGAAUACUGGCGCUGUGAUGCACACCCAUGUGCACGUGGAGACGCCACGUUCCUGACAACGUAUUUCAGUGUGAGACAGAAUGCAAUCACUUCAGGCAUAGCCAAUGCGGCCGUUGCUUGUGGGGUAAUCACUGUCAUCUGGGGCUUUAUCUUCCGAACUGCCCUUUACCGACCACUCCGAAUGCUCUUUACCAGGACAGCGACAGGUGUGCAACAAUUCAGGCGGAGGCGAACAACAAUCGUAAGGAUUGACUGAGUCAACAAAAAGGGUCUCAAUAAAGAUACAUCCUCCGCGGUGUGCGACCACCUUUGGUGUUUGCUGUUUGUCACGUCAAGCGAUGUUUUUAACAUACUGCAUAAAAUCUACUUUUAUC